AGAAGUCUGAAAUAAUCCUUCAGUCUCCUGCCUCUCUCCAUCAGCUGGCUUAGGAGGAGCAAGGUUGGCGCCUUCAAGAAGUUUGAGCAGAACUUCUUGAGGCACCUUACACCCUCAUCCUUUCAGUUGGGUGAAAUUCGAACGGAACUUUCACUGCAUGAAAACUAACAAUGGACGCUCCGACGCCUGGUCCUUCAGGCCUGCCAGAUUUCCCGCCUGGCUCAUUUACCAUUGAAGUCUUGAAGGUGUUCGUGAAAAAUGAACCAGAUGACCUUGCCAGCGACGAAGACAUAGUGAUGGAUUUCGAUGAAAACCAGAGCGAGACUGUGCCAGCAUCAGAUCAGCCUGCGGGAAGUCGCGGCGCGGAGGCUGAGGUUGAGGGCCCCCUCGUUCGGAAAGGUCCAUCAGAAUCAGACAGCUUUACUCCUCUCUUUCCUGGUAAUCACAAGGAUGACAAGUUUCAAUGUCACGAUUGUGAAAUGAGCUUCGCUCUCAAGAGUGAACUUACCCAGCACCAGCGCCAGCAUACCAAGCCGUUCAUAUGUGACCAAUGCGGCCGCGGCUUUGCCCGAACUCAUCAGCUGACGGUCCACAUGCGCACCCACACGGGUGACAAACCGUACAUCUGCGAACUGUGUGGCACGAGCUUCACGCAGACCUCCAAUCUACGGACCCAUAAGCUCAAGCACAACAUCACUGAACUCCGAGAAAACGGACAGAGACAUUUUCAAUGUAAAAUCUGCCUCGCGAAGUUUGGUACAAAGGCAGAAGUCGUCAAGCAUCAGAGCGUCCACAUUGUCGCUAUGCACAGGUGCGAACAGUGUGGGAUAGAGUUUUCUGACCCGUCGAUUUUGCAAGAGCACAAAUUGUAUCAUUCGACUGAGAAAAAGUUCAAAUGUCCGCACUGUCCGAAAUCGUAUGUAAAAAAUAGUAAAUUGGUUGUACACAUCCGUAGUCAUACUGGCGAAAAACCUUUUAAAUGCGAGUUUUGCGAUAAAACAUUCACUGUGAAUUAUACCCUACAAGCUCACGAGCGCACGCAUCUUGACGACUUUCCCUUUAAGUGCGAUCUAUGCGGCAAAGCUUUUCCAAACAAUGAUCAGUAUACGCUUCACAAAAACACGCACACCGGUAAGGUUUACAAGUGUCCCGUCUGUAAUAAAGAAUUCCCGUUUGAAAGUCGCCUCCGGAAGCAUUCCCGUGUCCACACUGGUGAAAAACCGUACACGUGCGAAGACUGCGGUAGAAAGUUUACAUUUAGUACGAAUUACCAGCAACAUAUGCGCAUGCACCGCGACGAGCGGAAAUACAAAUGUGAUGACUGUCAAAAGAGCUUUGGAACCCGCGGUAAAUUGACCGAACACAUGCGUAUUCACACCGGCGAAAGACCGCAUGCGUGCGAAUUCUGCGAGAAAACUUUUGUACAGAAAGCGACGCUGACUGUCCAUCGCCGUAUUCAUACUGGUGAAAUGCCAUACAGGUGCGAAAAAUGUUGCAAAGCUUUCCGUUCAAGUAGUGAUGUCUCUUCUCAUAGAAAGAAAUGCAAGUGGGAUAGGCAGGGUGAGGACGCUUUGAAGGUGUCAGAAUCGGCAAGCAAGGCUGAGCUGGGUGAAGAGGAUGCUUCAGGCGUGGGGGAUAAGCAGGGUGAGGACGCUUUGAGGGUGCCAGAAUCGGCUAGCAAGGCUGAGCUACGCGAAGGGGGCGCUUCAGGCGUGCGAAGUGCGAGCGGUGAUAAGCAGGGUGAGGGAACCACUUUGAAAGUUCCAAGACCGGGAAAGAACGGUGGUAAGGGUACGGAAGGCACUUUAUAAGCACAAAACCUAGUGAAGGUGGCCAUGUGCCGGAAAGGAAUUUGGAGCGCAAGUAUCGGAAAGCAAGGGUGGGGCGCGUGAGAGAGUCACUUUGAAACGACAUUGAGGUAUGAGUAUGGAUGAGGAAGAUGUAGACGAUACCAAAAUAUCCGGUACAUGUGAUUUGAUCAGAGCCUGAGAAUGACCUCUCGAUCCCGCUAGAUAUCUAUAUUUUUCGCAAUCCCAUGGCAAAAUAAAUGUACCAUGGGCGUGUAAAUUUACCGGGAACCUUAAAAACCCAUACCGUAUCACUAAUGUAUUUAUUGUAUAUUCUACGGCUCAGAACUACUUGUCUUGUUAGCAAAUGAACCCGGGCCAAUUAGUAAUGAA